AUGAAGUUGCAAUGGAUGGUAACAGAGUCUAUAACGAGUAUUGCGAGCAAUCUAGCUCAGGUAAAAACAGAAGAACUUGAAGCCGCUGAGGAAGAAAGUGGGGCAAUAGGUAAAUUUAUCCAGGCUUUUGAAGAACAAAUCAGUCGCGUUGAGGUUGCCGAUGGUGGGAUGCUCAACAUUCAGCAGCCAAAUGUAGCCGUACAGGUCCAGAGUGUACUUGCUGACGACUUAAUGCGUGGUCUCGUGCUUUCGCUAGCUGGAUCCAGUCUUUCAGACCUGACCAAGUCCAAUAUUACCAUUAAUGCUCCGACCCAAGCUGACCGCGAUGAUGUCAUUGCUACCAGACCAGACAUCAUCGCUCAGGUCAACAUUCCACCUUCAAUUUUAUCCGUCAUUUCGUCCACGACCCUACUCUCAAAUGGCAGUGGUGAAUACGUCCGGGUCAUCUUCAAUGUAUUUUCAACUCCAGCCCUGUUCAUUUCUAAAUCAUUGCGCACAAUCAGUGGAGAUAGUGAAGUCUUCAAUCGAUCGGCUAACUCGCCCGUGAUUUCUCUCAGUAUUGGUCAAGGGAAAGUAGCAGCCUUGACCGAAUUCAUCAACUUUACCUUCACUACAAUAAAGUCUGGAUACGUGAAUUCCGUGUGUUCAUUCUGGGAUGAGGAAGUGGAAGAUUGGUCCCAGGAUGGGUGUGUUCUUGUUUCUGGAUUCGCAUCAUCUGAUGAGCGCUAUGACAAGGACGGCGUGCGAUGUGCGUGUAAUCAUCUUACCAACUUCGCUGUUAUAAUGGGAUUUGAGGACCAAACAGCCUAA